GACGGGCCGCUUAUUGAAGAUGACAAGUUAGCAUGCUGAAUCUACGUCAGUAUUCUCCAUCUCUUGGUAGUCGCAUUGAAUGGGACAGUGUCAACAUGAUAGAAUGGUACAGCGUCAAUUUGAUCUUUUUCCUGCUCUGAGGAGAUUCGAAUUUCUUUCCUCACCCUCCAUUGUUCCUUCACUUUUACAACCUGGUCGCCCUCUGACAAGAUUUGGAUUUCCCUUUUCUUCUUUGAAGAAACUCCUCCACGUCCACCUUCCUACCUCUAAAACGAAGACGAGGGAAAACGACUCUCUGCGCGUCUCUCUACAACGUCCUUUGACAAGCUUCCAGCAUCGAUUGAAUAUUUUUUAUCCGAGGAGCUUUGCAUUUCUUUUCCUACUUGUGCUUCUUUCCUUCCUUGGCAUUCCGAUUUCUUGUAGUGCGUUUUCUUACGACUACAUCGUCAUCGGAAGUGGAAGUGCAGGCUCCGUUGUCGCGUCCAGAUUAGCCCAGCACAACUAUCAUUACGAGCUCAAUCGACAAUGACGAUUCGUUAAGAUUAAAUCGACAGGCUGAGAUCAUACAAGAGUCACGUUCCUGAGGAGCCCUUGUCGAACUGUUAGGGUGUCUAUUGCACCUUUUACUCUUCUAAUAAUCAACUCUUUUGAUCGAGGCGGGAGGGGAAAGCGAGCCAUUGACUACCUGCGACUUCUACAAUGAGCACACUCAUCAGUUUCAAACGUGGCAAUACCCGACGAAGUUUCAUGAUAAGAGGACCUUCAUAAACAACCCGAAGGAAUGGCGCGACAAGGUAGUGCAUGGCAAGGUGGCAGGGGGUACCAGCAUCGUUAACAUUAUGAUGCACCUGCAAAAUCUACCAUUUUUAUCUCUAGGACCGCUACCUACGAAACAAAAUGCCCAGGAAUCCCGGACAUUUUCUGUCGAAGUCUCUAACAGUAGUUGUCUCUUUACACCGGCUGGACUGCGUGAAUUCGAACACCUAGGGUAUCAGUGGAACGCCACCGCUUUCGCUGAAGCGUAUUUGUACUUGCAGAAGUUAUGGAGGUGCUGGAGGUCAACCAAAAUGUGCAUCACGCCACUCUGGUUGCAGAUGAAUCCAUUUUGAUGAUUUAUUUUUUCGAGGCCGAGUGAAGAAGUGGCGAGGAAGUCAAUUAUGCAUUUAUUUAUCAUGAAUUAGUCAGAUGACGUCACGACAGAGGAGCAGUGCAGUUUCCUCUAAGAACCGAGCUUCCGGUGGUACAUAAGCAGUUCCGUAAUGGCAUCUACACAGAGAUAGUCCUUCUCAAGUUGAUAGAGAAGGGUCUCUUCAACUUCGUGCACGAGAAAGAGGAAUCCAAGGAAAGAGUUGUUAAGGCUACCGCGGAAGUAUCCUCUUCCUCAGCAUCAUGAUCUUUGGGCUUUUUUAUACUUGAAAAAGAAGGCAAGGAUGCGCUCCUCAGGGAUGCGUCGCGGUAGCUCUAACAUAUUGGACCAAAAUGUUGAUGUCCUUGAAGAUCCUCACGAACAGCGGGAGGACAGAGGCAAAGCUGUUGCUCAGACAUCCCCAACAGGGGACGAGGAAGAGAAAGCGGUGGGAGAUGUUACUAUAGGUCUAAAGGAAGACGAGGUAGUGGAUUCAGAGACGGGAAGUCGGCGCAAGCAACUCACCUCAGUUACGUGUGGGCUCACAGUAGUUCAUGUCACCAACCAUCUUCAUGAUCUUGCUCUCUCUCUGUUUCCUCCUUAGGGACUAAAAAGAUGAGUUUGAGAGAUGAUCUCUCCCUCUCCCUAGUCUCUCCUUCGUUACGAGUUACUUGUUAAAAAGAUGAGUUUAUAGGAUAUGUCAUUAGAUAAAGAACUUGAUCGGAAGAUGAUUGAUCUAACACAGCCAGUAUCAAAUCGCGUGCAACGCAUCUAUUGGAUCAUAGUGGAUACCGACGUGGCUGGUGGCUUACGACAGACGAGAAUUAUAGACGGCGGACCACCUACGACUCCUUAGUCACUCAGAAAGCGCUGCCCAACCUCGACGUUUGGCUCAAUGCAACAGUCACGCGCAUACUGUUCGACAAAGAUGAGAAGU